AGAAGGAUUACGUUUGGUUUUGUGAUCUGUUCAGUGUCCUAGCCUUUUUUGGGAGGAUUUUCCCUGAUGCGCUACCUUCAAGUGCCAAUUAUACAGCCCCUGUGUUGAGGCCUCCCUGCCCACCAUUGACCCUGUUAUCCAGGUUUAAUGUCAACUCUCUGGCUCCAAAGUGGAAGGAAUUACCCCACUCUUAGUCUCCAACGAGGAAAAAAAGACGAGCAACACAGCAAAAUGCAGAGCUUGACUCGUGUGCUCUUUCAAGUCUCCUUGACUACUCUUUCUUUUUGGUGAAAUACAGGGUCCGAACUGUGUGGAUAAACCCCCCAAGGGUUUUGACAUUUCAGCUUUUCUGCCCUUGUUGUUCUUGUUUUUUUGUUUUUUUUUGUUUUUUGUUUUUCUGCUCCUCUUCUGGCUUCAGUGUUUUUUUGGAGGCAUCCCAGAUGAUGGGACCGUGUCGCUCAGGCACAUGCAGAGCCCUGGCUCUCCUGGCGCUCCUGUUCGCCUUGUGGGAAAGAGGCUGCUGGGGAUUGAAUCCCAGCUCUGGGGAUCUGGAGAAGUCCCCACACUCAGAUCCAGACUCCUGGGAGGUCCUGCACAGGCACAAACGCAGCUGGGUGUGGAACCAGUUCUUCGUAUUGGAGGAGUUCACAGGGAAUGAACCGCUCUAUGUUGGCAAGCUACACUCAGACCUGGACAAAGGCGAUGGCAAAGUGAAGUAUGUGCUAACUGGCGAGGGUGCCACCUCCAUCUUCACCAUUGAUGAAAACACGGGAGACAUCCAUGCCACAAAGCGACUCGAUCGGGAGGCCCAGGCCUACUACACCCUUGCAGCUCAGGCUGUAGACCGACUCACUAAUUUACCCGUAGAGCCAAGGUCUGAAUUUGUGGUCAAGGUCCAGGACAUCAAUGACAAUGAGCCUAAGUUUCUUGAUGGACCAUACUUGGCAGGAGUACCAGAGAUGUCACCCUUAGGAACCAUGGUAGUACAAGUGGCAGCCACAGAUGCAGAUGACCCGACCUAUGGGAACAGUGCCAGGGUCGUCUACAGCAUCGUCCACGGACAGCCAUACUUCUCAGUGGAGCCCAAAACAGGUAUCAUCAGAACAGCUCUACCCAACAUGGACCGGGAGACGAGGGACCAGUACGUGCUCGUCAUCCAGGCCAAAGACAUGGUCGGGCAGAUGGGUGGCCUCUCCGGCACCACGUCUGUCACCGUCACGCUCACCGACGUCAAUGACAACCCACCUCGCUUCACUCACAAGAGCUAUCAAUACACGGUGCUGGAGUCGCUGCCGGUGAAAUCUGUGGUGGCCAGAAUCAAAGCGGCCGAUGCAGAUAUAGGCUCCAACGCCGAGAUGGACUACCGGAUCAUGGACGGGGACGGGCCCGGCAUGUUCAACAUAACAACCGACGAUGACACACAGGAGGGGGUGAUUCUACUGCUGAAGCCUCUGGACUUUGAAACAAAGAGCAGCUUUUCUUUGAGAAUCGAGGCCACAAACAGGAAUAUUGACUCCAACUUCUUGAGCUUGGGCCCAUUUAGCGACACGACAUCAGUCAAAGUGACCGUGGAGGACGUGAACGAGCCGCCCAUGUUCUCCUCGCCACUUAGCAAGAUGGUUGUUUCGGAGGACGCCAGAGUGGGCACCUCAAUUGGGAGAGUAUCUGCCCACGAUCCAGACACGUCCAACAGUGCCAUCAGGUACUCCAUCGAUAGGAACACAGACCUGGAGCGCUUCUUCAACGUGGACGCUCUGAGUGGGAUCAUCAGCACAGCCAAGCCUCUGGACCGAGAGGCCAACUCGGUCCAUAAUCUCACCAUCUUUGCCAUCGAGAGCCAGGAUCCAACCCAAAUCGGAAAAGGCGUCACUCUCAUCACAGUCACGGACAUAAAUGACAACGCCCCGGUUUUCGCCAUAGACUAUGAAACUCUCCUCUGCGAAAACGCCAGGCCAGGACAGGUGAUCCAGACCAUCAGCGCUGUGGAUAAGGACGAACCCCUCAGCGGACACCGGUUUUACUUUGCCCUCGCUGCAUCUGCUGCUGGCAACCUCAACUUUACUCUGCGAGACAACAAAGACAACACGGCGUCCAUACUGACAAAGCGCGGUGGAUUCGGGAGACGGGAGCAGCCUGUGUAUCAGCUGCCCGUGCUGAUCAUGGACAGUGGGAGUCCUGCCCUCAGCAGCACCAACACACUGUCGGUGCGCGUGUGUGACUGCGACUCGGAUGGCGUGGCCUUGUCUUGUGGAGCCGUGGCCUACACAGCGACGGGCCUGAGCACCGGCGCCCUCUUGGCUAUUUUGGGAUGCAUCAUUACACUGCUGGGUAAGAUCCACGUCACCUUGGUGUCAGAGAUACACGUCCAUAUUGUUCUUAAAGAAAAACGGGAAGAUGUGGUCAACUAA